CGGAUGCGGGCGGCCGGGCGGUUAUAAAGGGCCGGGGGAAGGCGGGAGCGGGCGCAGUUUGAAUCGCGGCGGGUCGGGGCCGGUCGGUGCUGCGGGCCGGGCUCCUCGUCCUCUUUCUCCUUCUCCUCCUCCGACAGCACCCGCGCUGCUGCUCCGUCAUGGCCGGAGGCAAAGCCGGGAAGGACUCCGGGAAGACCAAGACCAAAGCCGUGUCCCGCUCGCAGCGCGCUGGGCUGCAGUUCCCUGUAGGCCGCAUCCACAGGCACCUGAAGUCUAGGACUACCAGCCAUGGGCGUGUGGGAGCCACAGCUGCUGUGUAUAGCGCUGCCAUCCUGGAGUACUUGACAGCUGAGGUUCUUGAGCUGGCAGGAAACGCAUCCAAAGACCUGAAGGUGAAGCGUAUCACUCCCCGUCACUUGCAGCUCGCGAUUAGAGGAGACGAGGAGUUGGACUCCCUCAUUAAGGCAACGAUUGCUGGUGGUGGUGUAAUACCGCAUAUCCACAAAUCUCUGAUUGGGAAGAAAGGACAACAGAAAACUGUCUAAAGGCUGCGAGGAUCCCUUGUUAUCUCAGGACUCUAAGUACUUCUUGUCCAGUGUUGGUGAUUCCAGUGGACUGUAUCUGUGAAACACAAUUUUGCCUUUUUGUAACUUUAAGAAGCUGAAGCUCGCCUGAGCUUUCUAACAAACCAAAUUUCUGCAUUGAAGUCUUAACCGUAUUUAAGUGUUACCAUGGCUUCAGAGAAGCUAUUGUAUUUGCGGUGGGUUUUGGAGUGAGCUGACUGUUUUUAGAUUGGUCCGGCGAAGUAAAUGCGAUUUGACGAAGUAAAUGUUUUGGUUUUGUACAGACUUUUCAUCCACUAGAGUGGAAAUGUUCAAUAAAUGUUCUAUGAGUACCGAC